AUGAUCUUCAGUGUAAAUGAAGGCAAUAAAUUUGGACCAUUGAUAUGCAAUGCUUCUUGUGGUCCUCCGUGCACUUUUCGAUGGGUUGGACUUGUAUCUGUCAUCAACUCCAGUCAGUUACUCAUCAAUAAUGCAGCACGGACAGAUAAUGGUCCAUACCAAUGUGAAGCAAGGAAUACAAUUGGUACAAUUACUGCAAAUAUUGAUCUCCUCGUAUACUACGGACCUGACAAAGUGAUACUGUCACCUAAUGAGACAUCCUUAGUGGCAAAUGAAGGUAGUGAUUUUCCCAGUAUUAAAUGUAAAGCAGACUGCCACCCUGGUUGCACCUUAACGUGGAUUAAACCAAAUGGCAUAGAGGUAUCAACUAACGUCUUAAUUCUAAAGAACAUCAAAAUGAACCAAACUGGGACGUAUACAUGUAAUGCUAGUAAUUUUGUCGGCAAUAUGGUAUCAGCUGGUGUUACAAUAAAUCUCAUUGAUUCACCGACGAUUCUGAAAUUGGAAAUUUUAAAUAGUAAUACUGUUGAUGAACAACACUCUGUUAACUUUCUGUGUGAAGUUAAUGGAUACCCGGUACCUGACAUAAGUUGGAUAUUGUCUAGCACUAACACCCUGUUGAAAAAAGAUGAACAUACUUUUAAAAGCAACUAUGUAAUUCCAAAAGCUAACUGUCUACAUACUGGAACAUACCGUUGUCAAGGCAGUAACGUAAUUGAAGGUGAAUUAGUGAAUGCAUUCAGAGAAAUUAAUUUGUUUGUUCUCUGCAGAGCACGUAUAGAUCAAAGAUAUCCAGAAGUUGCUGACGAUAUUGCAGUUAUAGAAAACGGUGAUUUGAAUAUUAAAGUAUUUCUCCUAGCCUACCCUGAACCUAUGAUCAUUUGGACAAUGAGAAGUUCUGCCACAGGACAAGAUUAUACAGUGAACUAUAUUAAUUCAUUUAACAGUGUCGAACAUAUGUCAAUUGUGAAUAUAACCGACUUUUCCACAAAACAUUAUGGCGUCUAUAAAAUUAUUGCAUAUAACAACAUAGGGCCUCCGUAUGUUAAAUCCUUCACAGUGAAGCCACAAGCAAUUCCAUCCAAUAUAUGUCCAAAUAAAAUGAUCUUCAGUGUAAAUGAAGGCAAUAAAUUUGGACCAUUGAUAUGCAAUGCUUCUUGUGGUCCUCCGUGCACUUUUCGAUGGGUUGGACUUGUAUCUGUCAUCAACUCCAGUCAGUUACUCAUCAAUAAUGCAGCACGGACAGAUAAUGGUCCAUACCAAUGUGAAGCAAGGAAUACAAUUGGUACAAUUACUGCAAAUAUUGAUCUCCUCGUAUACUACGGACCUGACAAAGUGAUACUGUCACCUAAUGAGACAUCCUUAGUGGCAAAUGAAGGUAGUGAUUUUCCCAGUAUUAAAUGUAAAGCAGACUGCCACCCUGGUUGCACCUUAACGUGGAUUAAACCAAAUGGCAUAGAGGUAUCAACUAACGUCUUAAUUCUAAAGAACAUCAAAAUGAACCAAACUGGGACGUAUACAUGUAAUGCUAGUAAUUUUGUCGGCAAUAUGGUAUCAGCUGGUGUUACAAUAAAUCUCAUUGAUUCACCGACGAUUCUGAAAUUGGAAAUUUUAAAUAGUAAUACUGUUGAUGAACAACACUCUGUUAACUUUCUGUGUGAAGUUAAUGGAUACCCGGUACCUGACAUAAGUUGGAUAUUGUCUAGCACUAACACCCUGUUGAAAAAAGAUGAACAUACUUUUAAAAGCAACUAUGUAAUUCCAAAAGCUAACUGUCUACAUACUGGAACAUACCGUUGUCAAGGCAGUAACGUAAUUGAAGGUGAAUUAGUGAAUGCAUUCAGAGAAAUUAAUUUGUUUGUUCUCUGCAGAGCACGUAUAGAUCAAAGAUAUCCAGAAGUUGCUGACGAUAUUGCAGUUAUAGAAAACGGUGAUUUGAAUAUUAAAGUAUUUCUCCUAGCCUACCCUGAACCUAUGAUCAUUUGGACAAUGAGAAGUUCUGCCACAGGACAAGAUUAUACAGUGAACUAUAUUAAUUCAUUUAACAGUGUCGAACAUAUGUCAAUUGUGAAUAUAACCGACUUUUCCACAAAACAUUAUGGCGUCUAUAAAAUUAUUGCAUAUAACAACAUAGGGCCUCCGUAUGUUAAAUCCUUCACAGUGAAGCCACAAGGAGGCAUAACACAACAUUCUAGUAGUACUGAGUCCUCUCAAUACGGAAGAUGA